AAUCCAAACCCCCGGGACAAACGCCCGUUGAUGUACAAACAAGUGCGAUCGACUGCAAACCCUACCGGCUCGCCGAUAUGGCCGCUCUCUGUCUCCGGCGGUUGGCCUUGUGUUUCUACGUCUUCGAUUACUGCACGGUGCAAAUCUUAUUGACAGAGGACUGAUUUGAAUCUGGAAGUUGUGUCGAUCGAUUUUACGUGGUUCUUCUUUCAAAAUGAUAUCGAUUCUGCGAAGAAAGAUUACCUGCUGCUUUUUCGCGGAUUAUACUUCGCCUCACUCUAUUCCUCGCUCGUUUUUUCUACGCCUUUUCUCUACUUCGAACAAAGAGGCGUGCGUUAGUUCCGCUGCAAUUUUUGAUUUAUUGCGGCACAAGCACCAAUUUUCGGCCGAAGUGGCCACUAAAGCUGCCUCUGUUUUGAAUCGACGACUGAAAGACACCGAGAAAUGCAAUUCGAUGCUGUCGUAUUUACAACAGCGUGGCUUUUCAAAUACUCAAAUGGAGAAAAUGGUGAAGGUCUGGCCUGAGUUGCUCUUGGCUCGUUUUGACUACUCCAUUGAACCCAAAAUUACGUUUUUUCAGGACAUGGGCUUUUCUUCAGAGGAUAUUACCGAAAUAAUCUCAGCUAAUCCUUGCAUUUUGAGGAUAAACUUGAAUAGAAGAAUCAUUCCUUUACUAUCUAUGCUAAAAGGCUUAUUAGGAAACAAUAAAGCCGCCGCCAAGUUUUUGAUCCGAUCCGGUUGGUUUUUAACAGAAAGUUUUAGGAAGUCUGUGGAAAAGGCUGAGGAGAUGGGGGUCAAUAGAAACUCUGGAAUGUUCAUACGUGCUGUUCGAACUUUAGCUGAACUAUCUGGCAAUGUUUUGGAGCACAAAGUUCAGGCUCUCCGGAAUUGCGGAUUCACAGAAAGUGACAUACUGGUAUUAUUUCAGAAGGCACCAUCUGUGUUUGUUAUGUCUGCGGAUAACCAUAGAGCAGAGAUAUAAGCCGCGGUUUCAAACUUUAGAAAUUUUGGAAAAUAGGAAUCUGCUUAAAAGUUGGCCCGCCUUCACAACACUUUUCCAGAUGUCAGAUGAAAAGUUUCUUGAGAGAUUCAUCUGCCCUUAUUCGAGUGAGCUAAAAAAUGCGUGCACAGCAGAUAGUUCUUUAAAGUUACAGCAUUGGUUGAGGAAUUGUUAAUAGCUAUGGCCAGUAGUUUUCAAGUGAUUGUGGUAAUAGUGACAACUGCUGCAUUUGAGUGAACUCGACAAUGUGUACGCUGCAAUCUUUUCUUCAAAGUUAGAGUAUUGGUUGAAGAAUUGGAAAUAGAUGUAGCCAAGAGUUUCCAAGUGAUUGUGGUUAUAGUGAGGACUGGCGCAAUUCCUGUUGAAAUGGUAAUCUGUAUUUAGUUUCUUUGCUGCAGAAUCUAUUGGUUUCAUAUAAUUGUGCUAUGCAGACAUUUCUUUAGGCACAUCUUUGUUCUUGGCACCUUAGUGUUUGUGUUUUAAUUAUGUGAUAUUCAUUCUACUUUUUGCAUUUCGAAUUGGAUUAUUACUGGCUAAGAAGCAACAAUUGUGCCAUGUUUGAGUUGCUUCUAAAUCAUUGAUGCAUCAUGUUGAGAAAUUUUAUAUGUUAAUGUUCAUU